AUGGCUUCUCUUAAAUUUGUCCGCUCGGUGUGGGAGUCUUUCCGAGCUACCUCGGGUCUGGAGCCGCGACUGUUGAAUAAUCUCCGCGUUACAGCAGCCAGGCCCGGUGUGGUCAACUUUGAGCUGGAUAUUCAGAAGGAGCAUACAAACCGCUUGAAUAUCCUCCACGGAGGCACCAUUGCGAGCAUGGUGGACCUCGGAGGCUCGUUGGCUGUGGCAUCUCGUGGCUUGUUUGCAACGGGUGUAUCAACGGACCUAAAUGUCACGUACUUGAAUUCAGGUGGCAAAGUUGGUGACCGAAUCUUGGCCGAGGUGACCUGUGAUAAAUUUGGCAAGACGCUUGCUUUCACGAACAUCAAGUUCACAAACCCCAACGGUCAUGUCGUUGCCCGUGGGAGCCACACGAAGUAUGUAGCCCAGGCUUGGAAAGACCCCAAUAACAUUGUGGAAGAAAUGAACAAGCUUAAGGGUGAAUGA